GAGGCACAAGAAGGUACUACCUGCUGGCGGCUGACGUUUUCACACGCUACUAUACUGGCUGCAUUAAUCACUCCGCAUUUCUAAUUUGGCCCAUUUCCUCCUUUUUUCGUUAGCACCGAACGCAAUGGAAAUGUAAAAGGGAAAGGCGGUGGCACCGGUGGCCUCCUGACAGCUUCCACGUAGACUCGCAUUACUUCCUCAAGUGUUCAUAUGUUUGGAUGAGGAAAAAACACAAACAAGGCCUACGUUUCAUGCCAGUCAAGAACCCUUUCAGGUGGUGAUGGAGACCCAGCCACUUGGUUGGCAUGUGCACACCUGGGGCCAGGAGGGAGAUGGGACCAAGCUGCUGAAGGAGGGAUCUUCUGACAUCAGCAUCAACAUGCAUGUUCACGAUCUGUUCCAUGAAGAUGCACAGGGUUUCCACCAGCCUAGCCAGCCGUGGUGGAGGAUCAAGGUGUUUGUGUGGGAGCCAGUGCUUUUUGGGACCUGGGAUGGCGUUUUCACCACCUGCAUGAUCAAUAUCUUUGGCGUAGUUCUAUUCCUGCGGACCGGAUACUUGGUGGGCAACACUGGCGUGCUGUUGGGGUUGCUCCUCGUCUCCGUGGUGGUUUUGGUUGCUUUAGUGACAGUAAUGUCUGGAAUCGGUGUGGUCGAGCACUGUGGUGUUGGGGGCGGCGGAAUCUACUCCAUGAUCUCCACCGUCUUGGGAGGCAGGGUGGGGGGUACGGUUGGCCUCCUCUACGUGUUUGGACAGUGUGUUGCCGGGGCCAUGUACAUCACGGGCUUCUCUGAGUCCGUGGCUGAACUGUUGGGUCUGCAGAACCAGUGGGCGGUGCGCUGCAUGUCGGCAGCUGUCCUCCUAGCAUUGCUUGGAAUCAACCUGGCAGGUGUGAAAUGGAUCGUCAGACUCCAGCUGCUGCUGCUGGCUGUGUUGGCAGUCUCCACUCUGGACUUUGUUGUUGGCACCUUCACACACCUUGACCCAGAGCACGGUUUCGUCGGUUACUCAGCCAGUCUUCUCAGUAGUAACAUCGUACCAGAUUAUAGCCCUGGAGAAAACUUCUUCACAGUAUUUGGGGUCUUCUUCCCUGCUGCUACAGGGGUCAUGGCAGGAUUCAACAUGAGCUCAGACCUGCAGCGGCCCGAGCAAAACAUCCCUGUGGGAACCCUGGCAGCUGUUUUUACUUCGUGGUUCCUGUAUCUGGUCUUUGUCUUCCUCCUGGGGGCCAUCUGCACCAGAGAAGCUCUGCGCUAUGACUUCUUGAUAGCAGAAAAGGUCUCCUUGGUGGGUUUCCUCUUUCUCCUGGGCCUGUACAUCUCCUCCCUGGCUUCGUGCAUGGGCGGCUUGUACGGAGCACCCAGGAUCCUCCAAUGCAUCGCCCAGGAGAGGGUCAUUCCCUCACUGGCUUUUCUAGGAAGAGGGAACGGCCCAAACCGGACCCCCGUGGCGGCCAUCUGUCUGACCAGCUUGCUGACCAUGGCCUUCAUUUUCAUUGGUCAGGUCAACGUGCUGGCACCGAUCGUCACCAUCAACUUCAUGCUAACCUACAGCUUUAUUGACUAUUCCUACUUUUGCAUGGCCAUGACCUUCCAGCUUCAGACGAAACAGAAAAGGAACACCUUCAUUUCAGGAAGGAGAAGCAGGCACCAAUCGACCAAGCAAAGCUCCAGGCCUUUGAUUGAAUCCCCUCUCCCUAACUACGGGAGCGGAGGCGAGAGUCCGCGGGGAAAAGGCACUCUGCUGGAGUUCAACAGGGACAUGGACCAGAUCUUUCCACCUGUCUCCAAAGUUUAUCCUGAACCAGAGAAAAUGCCCUUGAGGCAGGAUCUGUGCAGCACAUCUAGGAGUAGGAAGGCUACUACUAAGCAGAUGUUGAUGGACAGUUUUGGUCUGGAUCUGAACAGCAACAUGUUUUUAGACGAGAAAGGAAGGGACCAAAGCUCAGCUCCACCAGAGGAAGAAAACAAGGGGCAUAGUGGAAAUAAAGAGUUCAGGGCUGGAGAUCAACCUGAAGUCAAAUGUUACACAGAGCAAGAUUCCCACGCAGAAACUCAGGUUCACAAUGCAGGUAAUGGAGAAAAACCAGAGCAGCAGCACUUUGAAAUCCAACCUCUGCGUGAUGCUUUCUACACAAAAUUGUGUAACCACUGGCUUGCUCUCAUUGGGGCAAUGGGCUCCAUGUUGAUCAUGUUUGUCAUUCAGUGGGUUUAUGCUUUAGCCAACAUCCUGGUUGCAUUGCUGCUCUUCUUCUACAUUGGGAAAACAAGUCCUGGUCUACCUAUAGGUAUUGCAGCUCCGUUUAGCUUUUUCAGAUGGCUGAAGUCAAUUCUUGGUAGCCUAUGCAGUAAGAGAGGAUCUCCCCGGGAUGAGAUGGUAGUGACGCCGUCUUUGUAUGGAAUCGGGCUAAAAACCAAGCAACUGACUGAGGAAAACACGGAUUUUGCCUCUCGCCACCGGUUUCACCAAUCUUCAUUCAUCCAAGCCGACACAAUGGUGCAACCACAAUGCGAGUGACAUAGUUCCAUCUCAUGACUGAAAACUGCAACAAGUGCCUCAUGCUGCUGCAUUUUUUCACAUGUUUCCUAUGUAGCAAAAACUUUCAGUGGCUCAGGUCAUUUUUGGGCGGUGUUUCAAGGAAAGCUGAGCUUUUCUUAGAGAUCCACAAAAGGUGAGCAUUUGUAUAAGCGACUAAAAGAUAUGAGUGUGCUCAAAGUCACAUUUGUGAAUUUGACUUGAAAUUAACAGAAAUGUAUACCGUUAGAAUUUUUGUUGUUUGAAUCUGUUUGUGGCAUUGUUACAAAGGUUUAAUUAAAUGCAUACAAUCACUAUUCAGA